UAAUUUAAUUUGGUAUUUGUUAAUGGUGUCGUAUGAGCAAAUAUGAAUGAUAUUUUGAGCUAUUACAAUCAAUCUCAAGAUGAUGAUGGAAUAAAAAUAACCAGUUAUUACAUUAAAAAUUAAAAAUAUCCUAAAACUCUGCUUAAUAAAAUGUGUAAUGCCUCCUCUCAGAUAAAAUUGCCAAUACUCAUCGCAUCCCCUCCCAUCUCAUCACAAACAGCAGAGCCCAGCCCCUCAUACAACCCUCCACCCAUAGUUUAGUUUUUUAUAUAUAUAAAUAUAGCCUGCCUAUCAUUCUUUCUACAUAACCUAUGUUUUUUCUCUGAUUCAGAGGUGGACGGAUAUGAUGGAAAAAAGCUGCCAUUUCUUUGCCUCCACCACCGCCGCCGCCGCCGCCUCCGCCUCCACUAAUACCAUCACCAAUACUAAUAGCAGCAGCUCCGCCGCCAUCUCCUCCUCGUUCACCACCACCACCACCACCACCACUAGCUCUCCCAUCCAAAGCUCCCUCAAAUCAGUCAACAAGGCCUCUUAUAAAAUCUCUAAACCAAUCCCAAAAAGCUCCCACCCUAACCCAAACCCAAACUCCUUGCGCCCCUCCCCGCCGCCCUCCGCUAUAAACAGCGGCGGCACGCCGCCUCAGCAGCCGCAGUCCGCGGUAUACAACAUCGACAAGAACGACUUCCGCGACGUCGUCCAGAAACUCACUGGAUCCCCUGCCCACCAACACCCCCGACCGGCGGCGGCGGCGGCGGCGGCGCGGCCUCCCCCUCCCGCCGCCACAUCCCGCCUCCACCGCAUCCGCCCGCCGCCCCUCGCCGACCUGCCCCCACGCUCACCUCCCCUGGCUCCCGCGCCCCCCGCUGCCGCCGACGUCUGGAUGCGGCCGUCUCUCUCACCGCUCCCGCCCUUCCCCGCCGUCAGCGCUGCCUCGGAGUCGCCGAUCUCCGCCUAUAUGCGCCGCCUCCACGGCGGCGGGGGAGGGCAGCCGCCGCUGGCGCCGUCUCCGUCGGCGGCGGCGGUGCUGCUCCCUCCACCGACUUCGCCGCUGGUGUUCGGGUGCCUACCGUCGCCCGGAACGGCUUUCCAGAUGAUGAUCUCGUCGGGUAUGGUGUUCCCGACCUCGCCUGGAGUGCCCUUGCCGAGCCCGAGGUGGGGGGAUCCGUGAUGGGGAGGGCUCCGAUGCCUUCUUUUACUGGAUUAGCAGGCUCUCCGGUUUAGAGAUCUGAAGCUGGCGAAAAGGAAAAAAAAUUGGUGUCUUUGUAAAUGGAUGAUAAGAUUGUAAAACCCUUUCAAAAAUGUUGGUUCUUUGUGUUUGAGAAAUGAUAGCUUUCGUUAGGCAUUGUUACUUUA